AUGGACGCCUUCGUGCUGGACGAGUACGUGUGGCCGUACGUGCCGCUCGAGCUCGACGAUGCUACGAAAAAGGAGUGGAACAUCAAAUUUGUUAACUUUAUUGGCUGGAUGGACUGGCUCUGCAAGUACCAGCCAAUCUCGCAGCUCAUCGAGAACCAUCUCUCGUUUUUACUUGGAGAGAUAAUGUUCGUCAGCUGCUGUCUGCUCACGUUUAUUCACGCAUACCGUAACCGCGAACGGCGCUACCUUUACGUCUGGAUUGCCAUCACCAUUCACGCUUUCAACGUCGAAAACUUGUGCUACAACAUUCCGGAUAUGGACAAUUUUUGGCAGGCUCAGGGCGUUUUGACGUUUUUCGGUGCUCGUGCCCCCCUCUACAUCCUCUUCGGCAUCUACCACACCUUCGACUACUGCGCCUACGUGGCUGUCCAAAAGCUCCAUCUCCCGUGGUGGGCCGAAGGACCCGCUGUGGGUCUCGGUGCGGUGAUGCUCGACCUACCAUACGACAUUCUGGGUAUAAAAAACCUGUGGUGGACGUGGCACGACACGGAUCCGAACAUUUACGAUCGAUUCUACUGGGUUCCCUGGAACUCGUUCUACUUCCACGCCUCAUUCGCCUGCAGUCUCGUCUGGCUGCUGCACCUGACCCGGCGCUAUAUCGUGGAUGUCGAAUACGACUGGCGAAAGAUCCAUCGUGAAUUCUUGUGCUCGUUCCUGGCGGGAGUUUCCGCCUUCUGGCUGGGCACGCUGCAGUUUGUGCCCAUAUACCACACGCUGCACGACUUCUACAAGGUUCACUCCGAAAUCACGACCAUCCUCUUCCUCAGCACCUACGCCCUCAUCGUCAUUUGUGCGGAUCGCCGACGUCCAGUGGAAAAACCGGAAUCGAGAGCCGGCGACCGCUGGUGGUUCGACGAGGUGCCGCUGGCCAUCAGCAUCGAGUACAUCUUCUUCAUGGUGUUGGUGGUCGUGUGCGAUCCAGUGAAUAUCGUCCAGGACGGACUUCACCAGGCCAUCGGACCCUGCAAAGAAAAGCAGAAAGUCCAGACGCCAACCGGGAAAGUCCUCUACAAAAAUAAAUACCUAUGCGCCACAAACUACGACGAGAAGUACUUUGACUUCCAUUGCCUGCCAAAUGGCGGGAAAGCCCCGGAACAGCAACGUGGCGAGCCGCUGGAAUGGUAUGCAGUGUGCGGGACCGAAUUCGAAAAUAGGGCUGAGUACAUUGCGAUUGUUUGGGGUUGCUGCAUCCUGUUCGGCACGAUUUUCUACCAAAUGCUCGCCAGGUCCGGAGAGCUGCCGGAUGUAGUCGGCGAGCAGCUCUUCGACCAUACACCGGUUGUCAGAAGGCACAUCGAUGCCUUCGUCGAGCAUUUCGAACGCAACGAUCGGCACCGCGAGUUUGACGGCAUCAUCCGGGCUUCACAUUCGCUAGUGGAAGCGUCCGAUACGAACGUUGAGGGGCUAUUUGAGGACGGGCGAUUGCAAAAGACGAAUCAGAGCAUCGACCAGCUGGCGGAACGGAUACGAAAAUUGGCGCAACCCACUUUUAAGCAGGAGCACGACUUGUACCUCGCCGCGAUCGAAAAAUCGCAGCACGAAUACGUCGAGCUAUGCAAAGAGGAGGCGCAGAAAAAGAUGCGCGCAGCCGCGGGACGGUUA